AUGAAGCGCACGCUAUCCAAGGAGCAGCUGGCGGAUUUAGCCCAGCAGGCAGUCAGUAGCCUACGACGUCUUAUGUCUUCUAGCCAAGAAGUCAUGACAUUGACACAACAGGAUCUCCUCUCAACAUCCAAAUCGAUUGAGGAGUGCUGGCAGAAAAAACACCUUGCUGCGGAUAUUAGUGUGGUAGAGCUCUGGGCAUCAAGCUUUCAGGAAGAGCUCUCUUUUCAGCUUGAACGUAGUGGCGGCAGGAGCCUAACACAUAACGGUAAUGCUCCAAGACUUUCUACUGAAGGUCCGAUAGCAGGGAAGAAGGCCGCACUGCGAAAACCAAUCGGGGAAUCAGCAAUAUUGAUGUGCACGGAUGUGCUUAAGAUUCUUAUGCGUACCAACGGAGAGAAAUCAGCCGAUAUUUUUCUCCAAUGUCAUCUGACAGCUUGUAUGAUAAAUUAUUUGAUGCAGGUUCCCUUAGCAAAAAAGGUGCGGGACGCCUUCUCUUCAGUCUUGCUGGAAGUCAUAGGGUACAACUCGUUGCUGCUCGAGGAAUGCCUGGUUGUUAGCCACGGUCAUUUGGUGCCGGAUACAGAGCAGAUGAAUGCCUUUGUGGUGACUUCUCAGCAGGUGCACUUGGCGUGGUUGCUUGCACUGGUUUUUCGCCGGGUUGACGUCAACAACGUCCCUGUGGAGACGGCACGUAUCCAGUCUGGCCGAAAUGGCUUCCUAUCGGGCUUGCUUCGUGCCUGUUCAAUGCUAGCUGGCGAAGGUGUUGAGGGGAUGAGUGAGGGAAUGCAGAUUACGUCUUGUCUAGCAUACCUUGGUUUAGUGAGUUCCCUGGUGCGGGGAUGCGCCGCGAACAAGGCACUUUGCCUUGGUCGGCAUCGUGAGGAGCUCACAAGAGUGUGGGUACAUGCAGCCUCAAACAUAUGGAAGGUUGAACUAACGCUGCCCAUCUCCACCAACACACCCGGGAAAGAUGCACUUCUUGCUGUAGAAGGAGUGCAGGCUUGGGCCUCUGAGCUGACCGAUUUUCUGGUGGAGGUUGCUACCAGCGACAGCUUUUCACUUAGGCGACAGGCAAUGCAUGAGAACUCUAUGAACAACAAUGGUAGCGCAGAUGCAAUGCAUACGAAUGGCUCACCACCAUUGUCACCGUCUCCGCUGUCUUCUCCAGGGGUGAGCCGCGCCAAUAGGCGUUAUGAGCCACUACCCCCACAUUGGGAUGCCAUAUUGACGGGAGGCUCACCCCCUUUGUGGCGUCUGGCAUCUCUUCUUUUUAACUGCGUCCUCUCCGAGGAAGGCUGCGGCUUCAUUACAGAAGCUUUGCUCCGCAUGGACACACAGAACGCCACUUCAGAGCUUAUAUACCGUAGUAACAUUGCUACACUUAUGUUGUUGUGUAUAUCGACGCCCCGAAACGUUGAAGUGCUCGCGAAAAGUUCCAUUGUUGAAGCGCUUAUUGCACUCAUCACUUGCCGCCAAGAAAGUGUGUUCUCCCGUGAAGUGGUUGUCCUAGGAAAGGUGUGCACACCAACGCACGCGCUGAGUGCGUAUGCGGUUCAACUCACGGUAUCCUUUAUGAGUACGAUGGCUUCAUUAUACAUGGCUGAAGGGACGCUGCCUAGGCUUAAGCGUGGUGUGGAGAAAAUGUGCCUGCAACAGACAUCCCAAACGGAUGCCGACAUCAUUGAAUCUUUUCUACAUGUUCUCAGCUGUACAGGAGUUACUCGGAGUGUAUUGUUUUUCUCUGGUAGUGGCAGUGUCGUUUGCAAAAUUGACCGAUUUUCUGCCACCCGAUUCUAUGGCUAUAGUUUCGCAGCGUGGGUGUUCCCAAAGUGUGUGUGGUCCGAGGGGAGUCAUCUGUUUUCAUACACGGACAAUUCUUCCGGGACCUCUGUUGUGUUGGCGAUUGUUGCGAAUGGUCGCUCGUGUAAUUUGUUAUUGCGGGUUCAACAUGCAAAUGAUGUGACGCUAUCCCUCAUUCCGGAUACAUCUUUCCCGGCAGAUGCGUGGUCGCACCUGGCAUUCACACAUAACCUCUCGGGGUUUACACUCUUCCUCAACGGAAGGCGGACGGAGAAUGCUCUGUCUGUCCCUUUUCCGAAGACUCCUUCAAAAAAACAACGUCUUCAAUUGGCCUUUGGCGGUUUUCAUGAGGGAUCAUCUUUCUUUGGAUUCAUUGCGAGCAUUGAGCUGUUUGACAACACCCUCACUGAGAAGGAAGUGCAGCGAAUGCAUCAGGCGGGGCCGCGGCCGUCACGCGAGUUGUCGUUGUCGUGCCACCCCUUACUUAGCGUAGAGAACCAGGUUGUUGCUGGCACAAAUCUAUUUAGUGUCGGUGUGACAGGUAACCUGGCGGCGAAGCAUGAGGGUGUCUCGGUGCAUAGUGUUGUGGCGUUUAACCCACCCAAUAUGCAGGAGCGGUUUGUGUGCGAGGACGUGGUGAACUGGGCGCUCCGCACUCUUGUGGAAGCGAAGAAAUCACCCACCUCCUUUCCUGUGGCCGCCAGACUCUGUGUGAAGUUUGUGUGCACCGCGAUGAAGUUGACUACUACAGAAGAGGAGUUAAAUCGCAUGGUUGAUGAAGUUAUGAUGGGGCAGCUGAGAGAGGAAGUACUGACGUGGAGUAUCAUGCCAAUUGAGGUGCCUGCCAUACUCAUCGACUGCACCCUCCCGCGCGGUGGUGGAAAGGUAAUGCGCACACAUCACACCACCCAAAUCAUUCUCUCGCUUCUGCUUGACGUUGUCAGUGAUCAAUUUGUGAGCGCCUGUGCCACUUCUUGUAUCCUGCGUGAGCUAAGCGACAUUCUGCUGCUGACAGAGAAUCUUGCCCUAUUCCGUGCGGUGCCGGGUCGAUUCAGGAGGCUCCUUGCAGUGAGUGUCCACCUGCCCCUGGAGUGCGUUGAGAAUCUCAUCAUACUUGUUGAGAGGUUGUGCAAGGAACAGCGUGAGAUGGAGCAGACGCUACAGUUUCUUCUCUCUGAGCCUGCCUCGAGAACGAGUGAUUUUGUAAAGGCAGAGAUGCUGCAUAUGCUCUUCGAUAUCGCACGCACCAACCCCGCCAUGUGCGACCUUAUCGGCGGUGCAUUCGGGAAUUGUGGUGUCUCGUUCUUGAUUAGCCUCGUCGGUGGCAAGAACCACACCAGUGAGGCGAUUCGUGUCUUCGCCCUCCGUAUCAUUUCCCUUAUGCAGCAUACCAACAAGAAGUUCCGAGAGAUGUUUGUUAAGUCUCACGGCUACGAUGUGCUUGCAGCCGUCAUGACAAAGCCAUCUUCGGUCCCUAUCCGCUUGGCAACCUUCAACUGCUUGUUCCAAAUGGCGUUCGACACCCUGCAGCCCACCACAGAGGGUGACAGCAUUUUAACGCAUUUGCAGCAGGGCGCUAGCUCUAAGGUAAGGCGGCGUGCGAUGAGGCAUCAGGAUCCCAACACGCUACCGAAAGGUGGAGUGGGGCAAAGUCUCGGGCUUCAGGGAUACUUCCCCGGGAUGGUCUCACAAAAACUACGUGUUACAAGGCGUGAGUAUAGCUUCGACACAACACACGACUUCGCCCACAACAAGGAUGCACGGCUUCUCCUUGAUGAUUCACAUAGAGGCCUUCGGACCAGGGGAAAGAGCAAUACUGCCAUUCAAGAGCCACAAGCUAUUUAUAUAAUACUGUAUCUCCUUGGGCACCUACUUCGCAGUGUGAGCACAGCCUACACAAGUUCUCUUGCUGCUCCCCGAGACCCCGUCAUUUCACGUGAAAGCAGCACUGAUGCAAAUGCAGCGGCACAGGAUGAUCGAGUUGGCAACAACGCCGUGGACAACGUGAGUACCGCCUCCAUUGUUUCCCCAAUACAGGAAGACACUCCAGAGAUAGUCUCACUUCGGGUCCUUUGUCACCUGGAGAAAAUUGUUGACCGUCCCGAGAACGGCGAGAUGCUGUUGCCUUACCCAUGGCUGACAUGGUUGUGGGAUGCCGUAGGGCAAGUGUUUGGCCCCGCCAGCGGAAACGGUGUAGACUCGCCACCGAAGUUCCCUAAGAAACAUGCUGCUGCAUUCCAACAACGCAUGCGUAACAUCGUGCACAGCCUAGCUAUACUAGACCUUAGUCGUAACUCAAAGGCUGGGAUUGUGCGCAUCCUACGGCAGACGGAUCAAUCACCACUCUUAACAAAGCUUGUACUUGAAGAUAUUGUCUGCCAUUUCACAAAGAAUCGAUGUGAAAUCAGUGAUAAAAGCACGGCUGCUAACAUCAUUAAGAAUCUCGAUUCCCUAUUCCACAACAUUGAGGAGGUGCUACGCCCUCUUCCACUUGCGCUUGGGUUGGAGAUUGUGAAUUCUAUUAGUGCUAUUGCUGUGAACAACAAUUCAUGGGUGCGCACCCGGAUGAAAAACACGAGUCACCUUUUCGAGACACGAAAUCAUUUGGGUUUCGUGAUCCUAGUGACGACCAAGAAGUUUUCCAAGCUUGAUCCCGUCAUGCUUGGGCAAUUGCUGGAGGCCAACGAGCAUGAACCAAACACUAUCCGGGUUUUGCUGCGUAGGUUAAUAACUGCGGCGUCUAACUGUGACGCCGAUGAGGUCGAAGUGCUGCUUGCGGCGGCACGCCGGCUUGUCAACGGCGAUCAAAACCACUAUCAGGCGGUAUUCUCCAUUAUCGGCGCGGAGUACCGCAGUUUCGCGGAUCUGCUGUGCGGUGGCGUUGGUGGGAAAAGUGGGUCCUCUUCGCUUAAUAUUGAGCGUCCUUCGCUUAGUCCAUCCUUCUUGACCACUCGCUCUGAGGAGAAGGCGAAUGCUGAUGAGCUGCCCGCCUCAGAGGUCAUUCAAUGGUGCCGUGAGGAUGAGGGUCGCUGGGAGAUAAUCAGGCUGCGUGUAUGGCAGGCAACCAAAUUCCUUGAUGCAAUACAAGACGAGGAUGUUCGUGACGGCAAGAAUAAAAACCAGGCGGUCAAGACAAAGCGUGUAGAUGAUCGUCGGCAAAGUAUCCAAAAUAAAAUUACACUUGAAAUAGAACGUAUCUCGCAGGAUGUUGACUCUAGGCUUUGUGUGCACAGUAGCGCUGGUAGCAGCGCCGUUCUUUCCCCCAGCAACAGCCUUGUGAAGCCAUUAGCAGCAACAGUAUCCGCGGAAACAACGACGACUCCAACGGAAGUGACGAGGGUCCUACCGCUUUGA